AUUCUUACAUCCUUCUCAACAGCAGCCAACUCAGAUCAGCCUUUCCUCCCCGAUGGGAGUCACCAAGACUGCGACCUUCGGCCUUGCGCCCGUGGCCAUCGAACCGCUGGGAACCUUCUACCUGGCAGCUCUCACCGAGAUCCAAGAAACCUACAACCGACUCCCUGCCAUUGCUGAGCUGGACUUGAAAUUCACUCCUAUGUCCGUUCCCUCCGAGGCGGCCGAUGGAAGCCUUGUCUUUCCAUUCCUCCUCUCCACGACCGAACACACCACUCUCGACGAAAGGAAGUCGAGCUUUGCCAACGUAGUCAUGCCUUGUCGACACAGACUUUGUUUGUCGGGAUGAACGUGGAAGUCAAAGUGGUAUUCAAGCUUUGAACCUGCUGAGAUAUACACUGGCAGUGAUGGACUUCUCUUAAUACAGCAGCCCUACGUCCAAGCGAUACUUCAACGUCCCGAGGGAAGGUGCAAAAUAUACAAGAGGAUUGAUUGAUGGAUUGAUUGAAAU